AUGAUAGUUUCAAAAUAUUUUUUAACUUUGGAAGAUUAUAUAAGACUUGAACGUGUUUGUAAAAAGUUCGAGAAUACAAUCGCCAAAUUUCAUUACAACCCAAUUCCUCUGACUCAAAUUACCAUUAACUAUUUUUCACAUCUUGAGACACUUAUUCUUUAUAACACUUCUGAUCAUUUUUACUCGCAAAUUACAUCAGAGAAUU